AUGACGUCAUUCGUGUUACGAGAAUGCAUUCAGUUUUCACGCGAGCAUUCAUCCAAGAUGUCUGUCUGCUUCCUGGACGGGAAGCAUGCAUUCGACAAUGUGUGGCAUGCAGGGCUUCUGUACAAAUUGUUGAAAUGCAACAUUGACCCCACAAGCCUCAUUGCGAUUAAAGACCUCUAUAUGAACGCCAAAAGCUAUGUUCUUACCCAUGGAAGACGUUCCCAUGAGUUCCCGGUUUUGCAAGGUACCCGCCAGGGGAGUAAAAGCUCACCGCUCCUGUACUUAGUGUUCAUCAAUGGGCUUAUCAAACAACUGGAGGAUAGCGGGCUGGGUUUGUUCCCGUCUAAGCAAGCGUGGAAACAGAUGCUCCAACGAUCGGUAUCCGCUCCGGAACAUCACAGACAGUUGGAAAGUAUCCGGGACGUGUGUCCCACAUUCAACCUUGAUGAUGUUCUACACGUAGAUAAGCCCUCGUCCCUCUGGAAAAUAUCCCGGAUUUCGCCUAAGCUAUCGCCCUUAAUAGCCACCCUGAUGGCACAACUGGGAGGAUUCCUCUCUAGAUCGUACCCAACAGUGUGCUCAUUGUGGUACACGGCAUCGCAGACAUUGACUCUUGAUGUAACUGGAGGCAUUGUCAACAACAAUAUAACGUUAACCUGCUCAACGUUAUCCAGGCCGGUCUCUAUAACCUGGUUCAAAACAGAAAAAGGAUCAGAAGUAGAGGAAAAGGUCAUUGCUCAACAAUGGUUGGAUGAAAAACAACUAUGUCGGACUGACAGCACUGCUAUGGAGUGUUUCUGCUCUUCACCUCAGACCUAUUCAUGUUCUAUAAAGUCGGUGAAUGCAACACAAGACGGUCAAAGAUGGCGCUGCAAGGCUUUAUAUGGAGGUGUGCAGAUUGAAAGCAACGUCUACACGCUCAGAUUAAUAUUUCCUAUUACUUCGUUGACCAUUCUACCGAAGACGUCCGUUGCGUACCCUGUUUUCAAUGCCGUGUCGACCUUCACAUGCAUCACGUCAUUAAGCCGGCCUCUGGCUAGUAUUCAAUGGUUCAAUAACAACAUAAACUUGACGUCCCUUGCUAUAUACUCGCACAAUUAUGAGGUCGCAAGAAGUGAUUUGCAAUAUAUACCAAAAGCAAACGGGUACAGUGGUGGAAAUAUAUCCUGCGUUGCAAAAUAUGAGUUCGAACACAUAAGUAAAGUUCUAACAGCUAACAUGAGCAUUCAAGUACAGUACCCCGUUUCGAACCCAAUAGUGACUGUCAACAAUCGAAGUAUAUCAACUGGUUUCGCAAUACGAGAGGAUAGACUCGUUCAUUUGAAUUGUUUCUCCGCCGGAUAUCCACAACCUUCUUAUAACUGGACUUACCCGGGCGGACGGUCGACCGGUGCUUUUCUGAAGUGUGCAUUCACUCGCAAUAACGGUAGCGUGUCAUGCAAAGCAUAUAAUGUUAUGCGCACAUUGGAUGGUACAAAUAGCACAGAGGCUGAAGAGAAGAAUAUCGCAUUAAACAUUGACGUAUUGUAUCCACCAGUCAUUACGAAGUUAUCAAGCAAUGACAAGAACGUAGACAUAAAUAAUAGCACAAUAAGAGUACAGAGAGGUGACAACAUCAGCAUAGUCUGUACUAGUGACGCUAAUCCCCCGGCUACGGUAUUCUGGAAUGGACAACUGAGUGUUUUAUCUACAUUGACCGUCACAAGUGUACAGCAUGACGCUUUAUGGACUUGCCAAGCUAAAAACAAUAUGACUGAAUUUGAUGGAGUAAUAUCAACGUCUUCUGCAACAAGAAACAUUUCAGCGAUAGUAUUAUACUCGCCUGAUGUACAACGUCUACAGAACCAAACCGUGCUACUCAACACUACUCUCACAGUUUUGUGCAAUUUGACCGAUGUUGGUAAUCCACCAGCUUCCAACUUUUCAUGGAUAAGGAAGGACAAUGGCAAAGUGAUGAGUACUGGGCAAACACUUACAAUUAAAAACAUUAGAUUGACAGAUGAAGGGGAAUACCAGUGUAAUGCUUCGAACAUUAUGCAACCAAUAACUAAUGAAGUGCUAUACGGAUUAAGUCAAUCGACAGUCUAUAUAAAUGUUGAAUACGGAGCAUAUGUACGGGUAUUCAAAGCAAAUCAAUCAAACAAUAGCAUCGUUGUUAACCAGGGUGAGACAGUAGAUCUGGUAUGUGAUGCAGAUGGUGACCCCGAGCCUGUGGUUCGAAUAAUGAAUACUACCCGUGGGAAUGAAAGUAUCUUAGUUGAAAUAAAAGGAAACGAAGCUAAAUAUCACAUUAAACAAGCAAACUGUGAAUAUGAUAUUGGAAACUAUACAUGUUCGGCAAAAAAUCAUUAUAACGAAAAGAGACAGUUGCUGGCACUUUUUGUUUACUGCUCGCCUAGAACAUCGCCAUUUUCUCCCCCGGUUACAACAUUGUACAGAGCGCCUAACGACAAUGUGUUGUUUACGUUCACAAUAAUUGCCUAUCCUAAGCCGACUUCGCAAGAUAUCGUUUGGUACAAGCGAUAUGCUGAUAGUUGGAGGUUGUUAUCCGAUGACACCAACUCUGUGGUCGCAAUCUCUGAUGAUAGCAUGCAGACACAGCUGAAUAUAUUCCAUGUGCAACUUAAAGAUUAUACCGACUACAUGGUGAACGUUUCUAACAAAUGGGGUUCAACAGUGCAAGUGUUUACUUUAAAAGCGCAAUCAAAACCGGAAGUUCCGAAAGAAAUACAAGUAAGAAGAACAGGACAAACGGAAGUGAUUAUCGAAUGGAUCCCUGGUUUCAAUGGCGGAGAAAGUCAGACAUUCACUAUAAGGUACAAAGCAUUAAGCGAUGGUAGCUGGAUGGUUUUUCCCAUAAACAUUUCUCACUAUAUUUGGACAAUCGAUGGGUUAAAGUUUGGAACGACAUACCAAAUUCAAAUGAUGGCGCUGAACACAAUAGGACAGUCGGAUUGGACACAAGAAAUAAAAAUAACUACACUGUUUGAUGCAGGUGGUGCUGCAGGAGUGGUCAUAAUCGUCGCCGUUCUAGUUGUUAUAUGGAGACACAGGAGACGAGGACUAAUCACAACAAAACAUUGCCGAACGAAAAGGACCUCGUUGACAAAGUAUGAGGAUCUUAUCCGAGGACAGGGCAACAACGACGCCUCAACAACAGAUGGAAGUUAUGCAAUCUGUAGAAUCGAAUCAUCACAAUCCCGAAAUGCCAAUCAGUUGGAAACACUUGUGGAGCUUGAAAGUCAUGAUUUCUCGAUUAUGUCGGCGUGUUAUGCUCAAAGAGACAAUACUACAUCUGCAAAGAUAUCCGCAUCGGGGCAAACUGAUGUUUCAACGACCGAUCCGGAAUACGUAAAUUUACAGUUGUUCCCGAAUUGACUGUCGCAUUUGAUGGAACCGUACUUACCAGAGAAUGAAGACACUAUUGUGAUAGGUCCUUUCACCACCUCAUCCAUACCAUUUGAACAGAAGCAGCACUUUAAACAAUAUGUUGUGAGAUUCAAACUUAUCGGGGAGGUACACAC